GAGCGCGCUCCACACGGCCGUGCGUGACUCCCUCUCAGCCACAAAGUGCCCAAAAGCACCGAUCCAGACCGAACCGAGCCCCCGCCACCUCCACCCGAUCCUCUCUUCGCCGUUCUGGGGGCCAUGGAUCCCUAAAACCCGCCUCAGCGAUCCGAACUGUUGCAGAGCGCGGAGACGCAGACACCGAGCGGCUAUGGAGGAGAAGCGCGCAGAGCCUGGAGUCUAGACUGCACGCGCACCAACAGAUCACCUUCCCGGAAUACUUCUACACGAUCUGCGAACUCUGCCACCAGCACCAAGGUUUGAUCCCUCCCGUCGGACUGUCAGACCACCGCUGCACCAUAAGGAUGCGAGAGAAGAAGAAGGCGAGCGAACGCUCGGGAUGCUGGAGACAAACGCUGCUGUCGUGCGUCCUGGCUCUGCACCUGAUCCCUCUGUCCGUGCACGGAAACCUCGUCUGGAUCAAUGCUACUGAGUGGGACAACAAAGUCAAUAUCACCUCCCCGCUUGUUGAGGAGGAUGGGCCGGAAAAGCUAAACGCAGUUAUCACCACGGCAACUGGGACAAGCAGCUCUGUUAGUCAUGACCCAACCAUCGCCGUGACCCCGAGGGCAAUGCAGACCCCGCGUGGGGACAACGAGGACGAUCAGAGCAGCGGCAUGUUUGGUGAAACGUUGGCUCCUACGGUGGAGGAGGUGAGCGUCACAGCACCGCCUCAGAUCAGCCCUGACUCAGCUGAGACGGAGCAUCUGUUGCCUAGCAACCCACAAGUAAAGGAGGUCAUGGAAGGAGAGGAGGAGGGGGAUGAAGAGGAGGAGCAUCUGCCACACACUGACCCCCCUUGGAUUCAUGCCAAGGGCACAGCCAUGUUUGACUUGGACCGCCUUACCACCACCACCACCUCUGCCCCGACAUCAGCUGCCACCAACCCCUCCAACCCAGAUGUCCUCCAUGUGGACUUCUUUGACCCCUCCUCUCGUGGGCGUAACCUCGAUCUAGCCCCACCCUCCCCUUCAUCUGUGGCCCAUGAGCUCCAAGGUGGAGACGCAACUUCCUGGGCGAUGCCUGAAAACUACGACUACCUUACGCCCUAUGAGGACGGAGUGUCCCCCACCGUAGACGAGUACACCUACAGCACCACCACUGAUGCUUAUGAGAGCGAUGAAGACCUCAGAGAGGCCGUUGGGUCUCCCGCUCGUUCCAGGCCCCGGAUUCCAGGAUCUGGUCCCUUCAUCCCCGGCAUGAGCGCUCCAAUGCCCAACAAUCCUGGGGUGGCAAACACAGGUCUGUCACGCAACAAAUGCCGAGUGGGAUACCAGCUGGUGAACGGAAGUUGCCGCUCAGCCUGCGAUCUGCAGCCCAACUACUGCCUGAAUGGAGGGCAGUGUUACCAGCUGGAUGGAGACGAAAUCUUCUGCAGGUGCAACAUCCAGGAUUACAUCUGGCACAAGGGCGCUCGCUGUGAGUCCGUGGUGACCGAGUUCCAGGUGAUGUGUCUGGCCAUUGGUGCCUCGGCGCUGGUGCUCUUGCUGCUCUUCAUGAUCAUUGUCUGCUUCGCCAAGAAGCUCCACGUGCUCAAGACGGAGAACAAAAAGUUACGCAAGCGCAGCAGUAAGUACCGGCCUUCAUCGGAGCAGCACAAUGAUAAUUUCUCGCUGUCCACCAUCGCUGAGGGCUCCCACCCAAAUGUAAGGAAACUGUGCGACACCCCUCCUAACGUCCCUCAUGCCCGUGCAUUGGCUUACUAUGAUAACAUUAUCUGUCAGAAAACCAUGAGCAGAUACACCUGGGAGUGUAAGACCAAAGAGGAGUCCGACUGCGAGUUUCAUGCUGACGGGAGGACGGAGGGCCCCUAUCCCGUAACCAUGGAAGUGACAUACCCACACGUCCUGCCUGAAGUUACUAUCUAGGCCAGCAGCCAUCGGGAUGAUCCGAAUUCCCAAAACAAGCUGGAGGACCCGGUGAAGGCUCCUCCCAAGGAGGACGACGCCCUCAACAUCCACAACUCACUGACCCCCAAACACGAGAACCACAAGGUCCUGGGCGAGGAGAACUCCUCGGAGGUAAACUCACUGCAGAACAACAUGAUGUGAUUCAAAACAAAACGACCCGGCAACAGCACACAGAAAACGCCACGGUGCACCGGCGACGGCAACCCCUACAAAUCCCUCCCACCACUCUCGUCAUCCCUUGCCGAGUGCGUCUAACCAGUCAAACAACCAACCAGCCUGACAACAAACCAGCCAACCAACUCAGUCUGCAACCACCUCCGACACGGCACCACUGCCACGAGCGACCCCAAGUCGCUGCAAAAAAUAUAUAUAUAGACCAUCAUCACUGUUGUGGCUGCCCCAGAUGAAACUAACCCCGCCCCCCCAAACAGCUUCACCCUGCAGCCUCCUGGCCACACCUCCGUAUGUCCUGCCAUGCCCCUUUUCUUGCAGCCCCGCCCCCUCUCCGUUGCAGUUACUCAACUUUCCCUUAUCUUUUUCACUUCUCACACACACACACACACACACACAUACAUGACACACACAUACUGUGAAAAGAUUGACACUCUUAUAUGUAAACAAACACCCUGACACCCCCCUUCCACCUCCCCAGCCUGCAUUGGUGUAUUUUGUAAAAAGAAGAAAAAAAAGUCAUACAGAAAUUUAAAAUGUACGUAAAAAAGUGUUGUAAACGAAAAAAAAAAAAGUAACCCAGAAAGCUACUGAGAGGUUUUGAUGUUUGUCUGACUAAUCCAGUGAGUCUGUAUAAAUAUUGGAAACAUUUUCUGCUUGGAUUGAUUUAAAAGAAGCAACACGAUGUGUCUUGGUUUUCAUUGAUGUGGUUUCUAAUCCUUUGAUGUACUUGUUUUUUUUUUGUACUUUUUUGGGACUUCAAACAAAAAAUAAACAAAUGAUAGACAGUUGUUGAAAUAAACCUUUUUAACAUGA